CCCUGCGGCAGCCAGUCCAAAGUCGGACUUUCAAAACCAACACGAAGUUUUGAACCCGGCGGCGGCAGUUGUUGCUUGCACAGGUUUGGCGUGAUAGCGUCAGUGUACUUGUUCUGGGGAGGUCUCGAUCAGGUUCUGGCACCUUCAAGCCCCACCUGAUAUCUGCGUAUCAACAGAAUAUCAGGCUUUUCCUCCAGUUCCCCAAGAGCUCCCCUCCUUUCUGUAAUUCCUGAAUCACAGUUUUGGUCUGAUAGUUCAUCCGCUUAUCCCGAAUGUUGCAUCCUCACUUUCCUCUUUCCAUCUACCGUGGUGGCUUUUCCUGGGCUGUACAUUGGAUAUUCCCAGCUGGGAGAGCAAGCACAAGACACCAGGGAGCCAGACCCUUGCCGCUCCCCGCCACAGGAUAUGAAUAGGAGCCUCAGCCGGUUUGAGCAGCUCAGUGUGCUUCUCAACGCUACUGAUGGAAAUGUAUCCCAAAUUAAGGUGAGGGGUCAGUGGAGGCCCCCAGUUUGCGUGGGCAGGUUAAAGGACUCUCAGAGCUCAUUGGCCCGUGCAACUGUGACUGGGGCACUAAGGCAGGCAGUGCAGGGCCUGCUAGAAGAGCGAGAGCAGCAGAAGUACCAGAUCAGUGUCCUGGAAGCAAGAAUGUUUCUGUCUCAGUUUUCAGCACCAGGCUGGCCACAGGCAGGGAGGGAGAAGGAAAGAAGUUGGGGAACAGCCCCCUUACAUUCUUUCUCAUCUGCAGGCCAGCACCAGGAGCUGCUGCUGAAACAGCUGGCUAAGGGACGACAGUCUCAGGCCAGCAGUUAUAAAGUAGCACUAGGAUCAGACUCGUCUGCAAAUUUCUCUAUGGAGGACCCUUCCUUGCUCUCUUUAUCUUGUUCUGCAUACAGGCCAGGAUACUUUCUCUUGUCCUGUCUCCUUCCCUCUCUUCCUCUGCUGACUCUUUCUCUUUCCAGAGCUCUUCUUUCUAACCCUUCUGCUCCCUGCAUGAGAAACUGUCCUCACCCACAUGAGGGUUCCGAGUGUGCUGAAGAGGACAGUCAUGGGGAGGGAGAGAGGGAAAGAUUUGGUUCCACCUGAGCCCAUGAUCUGACAGAUGUUGGAGCAGUUGCAAAGUGGCCAGUAAGGCAAGGGUCAUACCCUGGAAGCUGCCAGGACAGAGGGCCAAGAUGCCUGGAGGAAGCACAAUCUCCUCAGGUCAGGGAAUGUGGGCUCUGUGCCCGUAGAGGGGAUUUGUCUCAAAGGUCAGGCACUGGGGACCAAAGUUCAGCUAUCCUAGAUUUGGCUUGGGCUUAUAGGGACAUUAUGAGUAUCUGGAUUGUAGCCCAUAAGGGCAUUCUUUACUUGAUAUGGAGUCACUGAGGUACCUUUAUAUGUUUGGAUGUUAAAGAGGGAGGAGAUUGGCUGGUCACAGUAGCUCAUGCCUAUAAUCACAGCACUUUGGGAGGCCAAGGUGGGUGGAUCACCUAGGUUGGGAGAUCGAGAUCAGCCUGACCAACAUAGAGAAACCCCAUCUCUACUAAAAAUACAAAAUCACCCUGGUGUGGUGGCACAUGCCUGUAAUCCCAGCUACUGGGGAGGCUGAGACAGGAGAAUCACUUAAACCCAGGAGGCUCAGGUUGCAGUGAGCCGAGAUCGCACCAUUGCAUUCCAGCCUGGGCAACGAGAGCAAAACUCUGUCUCAAAAAAAAAAAAAAAAGUUCAAGACCAGCUUGCCUAACAUGGUAAAACUCCAUCUCUACAAAAAUUGGCUGGGCAUGAUGGCAGGUGUCUGUAAUCCCAGCAACUCGGGAGGCUGAGGUGGGAGAAUUACUUGAACCCAGGAGGUGGAGCCAAGAUCAUGCCAUUAUAUACUCCAGCCUGGGUGACAGAGUGACACUUUGUCUCAAAAAAAAAAAAAAAAAAAGGUGGGGAGGAGACCAGAGUCCUAGUCUCAGGCAGGAGGACAGUUCUGUGCUGGAAGGGCUCCCUUGACACAUCAUUAUCAUCUCUGUUUCUGGUUCUGUUUCCUUUUCCAGGAUCUCCAUUCAUGUUCUCCAAUCUAAGCUGUUUCUGGGCUGCCUGCCUCUCCCCUCUUGAUGUAGCUAUUAUCUGUCCUCUCUACUGAGGCUUUUCACUGCCUGCCCACCCUUGCCGCCAAACUGCAAUAAAAUGAUUUAACCCUC